GGACAGAGAGCCCGAGAGCGCACGGAUGCAGCGGGCACAGAUGGCCGCGCUGGCCGCCAUGCGGGCCGCCGCCGCGGGCCUCGGACACCCACCCAGCCCCAGUGGCUCCGAGGACGGGCCCCUCGGCUCAGAGGACGAGGACGCGGCCCGGGAGGGGGCACCAGGCUCACCCGCCCCGCCCGGCCGAGGCAGGGAGGCGCCAGGACACGCCGAGGGCGACAGGCACUUCGAGGAUGUGGGCUCCGAUGACGACCUGAAGCAGAGAUGGGAGGAGGAGGAGGAGGAGGAGGAGCUGGAGGAAGACCUGGGAGACGAGGAGGAGGAGGAGGAGGAGGAAGAGGAGGAGGACUACGAGGACGAGGAGGGGCUCGGCCCCCCCGGCGCCGCCGGCCUGGGCCCCGCGGCCCUGUUCCCCCGCAAGGCGCAGCUGCCCCAGGCCUUCCGCGGCGACGGCGGGGCCCGCGCGCUGGGUGGCCUGGAGCGGGCCGGAGCUGGCCCGGCACCGCCGGGAGGGGCUGCCCACGUGGCACCCCAGCUGCAGCCGCCCGACCACGGGGACUGGACGUACGAGGAGCAGUUCAAGCAGCUCUACGAACUGGACGGGGACCCCAAGAGGAAGGAGUUCCUGGACGACCUGUUCAGCUUCAUGCAGAAGCGAGGGACGCCUGUGAACCGCAUCCCCAUCAUGGCCAAGCAGGUGCUCGACCUGUUCAUGCUGUAUGUGCUGGUGACGGAGAAGGGCGGCCUGGUGGAGGUCAUCAACAAGAAGCUGUGGCGCGAGAUCACCAAGGGCCUCAACCUGCCCACGUCCAUCACCAGCGCCGCCUUCACCCUGCGGACCCAGUACAUGAAAUACCUAUACCCCUAUGAGUGUGAGAAGCGGGGCCUCAGCAACCCCAACGAGCUCCAGGCCGCCAUCGACAGCAACCGGCGGGAGGGCCGGCGCCAGAGCUUUGGGGGCUCCCUCUUUGCCUACUCGCCGGGCGGGGCCCACGGCAUGCUGUCCUCACCCAAGCUGCCCGUGUCCUCCCUGGGCCUGGCCGCCAGCACCAACGGCAGCUCCAUCACCCCAGCCCCCAAGAUCAAGAAGGAGGAGGACUCGGCUAUCCCCAUCACGGUCCCCGGCCGCCUGCCAGUCUCCCUGGCGGGCCACCCUGUGGUGGCAGCCCAGGCAGCAGCAGUGCAAGCAGCAGCAGCCCAGGCAGCCGUGGCGGCACAGGCGGCCGCCUUGGAGCAGCUCCGGGAGAAGCUGGAGUCCGGGGAGCCUCCGGAGAAGAAGAUGGCCCUGGUGGCCGACGAGCAGCAACGGCUGAUGCAGCGGGCCCUGCAGCAGAACUUCCUGGCCAUGACCGCCCAGCUGCCCAUGAGCAUUCGCAUCAACAGCCAAGCCUCCGAGAGCCGCCAGGACUCGGCCGCGAGCGUGCCCGGCGGCAACGGCGGCAACAGUAUUAGCAUGUCCGUGGAGAUCAACGGGAUCGUGUACACAGGAGUGCUGUUUGCCCAGCCGCCGGCCCCCACGCCGCCCGCGGCCCCCAGCAAAGGCGGCGGUGGCAGCAGCCGGGGAGGACACGCUGGGACCGGCAGCAGCGCGGGCGGCCAGGCCGGGCCAGCGGGGUCAUCGGGCUCGGCCACGUCUUCUACCUCAACUAACUCAUUGCCUUAACCAGCCCCCCACGC